CCACUGAGGCAAGACCCUUCUGUGCCAAUGAAACUUAGGUGAAGGGUUGAGGAACCCGGAAGUUAAGGACUCCUCAUCAACCGCUUUUCGGCUUUACGGAUAAACAGUGGAAGAUGUUGGCGUGUGUGCAAUUAUUUAUUUAGUUUUCUUUUUUCAGUUUAAUGGUAAAACAAUAAAAAAUACUGGAGAAUGGAUACAGAAAGAACCACGGCAAAACAAAAUUCCUCCCUGGAGAUUACCCAGAGUUUGGAAGAAGACCCUCUUGUCGAUGGUCCUCUCAUUCCCCCUGAUGUCCUGGACUCUGCAAUAAGACCACAGUUUCAGUCUUUACCUACUUCAUGGCUGGCAAUUCUCCUCACCUGCAUACAUGCAGCCUUCUUUGGUCUCUCUGUUGCUCUUGCUGUUUUUUGCUCAAUUAAGGAGAAUGUAGUUAACUGCCAGCAAUACAUUCAUGAUUUUGAGACUCAAACUGUAAUUGCUAUUGCCAAGGUGGCGCUGUGGCUCCUAAUAGCUGUUUUUGAACGUUAUGUUCAGCACCGUCACAGCAGGACCAGAAACAGAGGCUACCUGCAGUUUUACCGAUCCACAAGGAACCUCAAACGUCUUCCAUUCUUCAUACACAGUGCAGGUAAUGCAGCCUUUCUGCUCAUUUUGUCAGCAAGGCUGUCGUUUAAAAGUAAUGAACAGUCGUUAAUGUACAUGUACCUUCUCCUGGGUGUCCUGGUGCUGGAGCUUUGCUUUUCAGUCCCGUGCCUUCUCUUUUAUACAGUGAAGGUAAUGCAAUUCAACACAGAGAAACCAGCACCAGACAUCAACCAGGAAGAGCGCUCAAAUGCUUAUUCAGGUACCAGAAGUCUCAUUAACACGGAGAUCGGCUUCAGGGAUAGCUCAAGUGUGGAAGAAGUUGUGGAGAAACAAGCAGAUUUAAUCGAGUAUCUGAAGCAGCACAAUACAUUACUUAGUAAACGACUUCUGUCCUUGACAUCGCAGCAGAUCCGGGACUGAGGAAGCACAAAGUAAUGGGGUGGAAAUAGAGCUGAAUACAUAUUUGACAAGUAAGGGAGCGUUGUUUAGUGUUAACUAGGAAAAUGCAUUUGGAGUAAUGUGAACAGAUUUACGUUGCUUGUGUUUAAUUUACACUACAAAAUAAUCUUAAUAGUAAAGCAAAUAUAUGGUAAUUAAAAAUAUAUAUAUAUACUACUGUGACAGAUUCAUGAUUACUCAUACCAUAUUACCAUAUUCUUCAGUUAUUUUGAAUUUUUUAAAUUCUAACCUGGAUGUAUGAUCUGUUGCAUGGCAUUAUAGUCUGACUUUUCACUAUCACUUUUUUUUUUGUAAUAUAAAAUAAAGGGGAUAAUCCAAAAAAAAAAAAAAAAAAAAAAAAGUUAAGUUUAAUUUAUAACUGUGAAAGUUACAGUUAUUUAAGAUUUGUAGUUUGUAACAUUAACGGAUGGUUUACUCCAUAUCAAGUUAUACAUUUUGCAUCCUUUCGAAAAUAGCCCCAUAAGUAACCUGUACAAUUCUACUACCAUUUUUUAUAUUCUUUUUUUCAUUUCUUUCAUUUAAGCAGUUAAUUGACAUUAAUGUGAGAAAAAAAAUGUAUAUAUAUAUAUAUAUAUAUAUACAUGGUUGCUGUUUUUUUAUAUUUUAUGUUUUAAUGUUAUUAUUUUCAGUUUUUAUAUCAUGUCUGGUUUAGUAUUUUGAUAUUUUGUUAUUUAAGCAUUGCAGCACUAAAAUGACAAAUGGGUGACUGUGUUGACAAUGAAACUUAGGAAAAUUAUAUGACAGUUUUAUAAUAUUGUAUUCAUAGACUGUGCACUCAUUACUCGGGUUUAAUGUGAAAAAUGUAUGAAUUUGUGUGGUUUUCAAAGCAAAGUAUAUGGACGUUGUAAUACUGAUUUGUAUUUUCUGAUUCUUUGGCAAUUUCCACUGCCAUUGUUGUUAUUAUUUAAGGUUUUAGUGGGAGGGCAUUGCAAGAGAACACCAAUGGUAGGGGAGAGGUAUUGGGGAAGGGGGGGAUACAGUUUUCUGUUUUUAUUAGGAAUUAUAUAGGCUGUACAUAUUCUACAAACAGUCAGAAUGCCUUUCCCAUAGGACUUAUUUUGAUUUAGUCAACAAUGAUCUUGUACCAAAAAAUAGGCUUAACAGUACAUCAUUUGGUUAACUAUUUGUUUUAUUUUUUGUACAGUUUUGCUGUGAAGAAUAUUGUCUGCCAAAUACUGCCUAUUUUUUAAAUCAUUAUAAAAUAAAGGUAUUUGUAACCAAACAAAUAGUAAAAUAUACAUUUACAAACCUGUGUUUGUUAAUUAAUUAUUGAAUGUCUUUUUUUUAUUAAUUAAAUUAUAAACCAGUGCAUUACAGGAUGUGUAAAAAUAAAGUACUGUCGUAAGGGUUCCCUCAAGUAUUUGGACUCCAAAUCUGUGAUUUGAGAUGAAUGUACAGUAUUUUAUCAGUAAUGUUUACUGAUUAAAUACAGUAUUCUGAUAGCCUUUUACAAAACAUUUACUUUGUAACAACUGUGUGUACAACUACUAAUACUAUCAAAGACACAGAGAUUCUGAUAAGGCUCAUUAUAAACUUAUCAGUAUUUCCCUUUUGAAAGAAAAAACCCUAAAACCCUUAUUUAGAUCCUGUCUUUUACCUUAAUUUAUUCGUGAUAAAGUUUUUGACUUGUGUAAGGUGAUCCCCACAAAGACAAUGCUACUACUUUGUGGCUUUCCCCUUCACCCCACCCUGUCCCUACUAAUGCAAAUUAAAGCAAACAUACCCCCCCUCUGUUUUGGAAAUUCAGUCCCGUGGCCGUUUUCUUCUCUUCAUCCAAUGCAUUAUGUGAUUAUUAGGGGUGUGUAACAUGGAUGGAAAAAGCUGUUUUUUUGUAAUUGCAGCUCCACCCCACUCCACCCCCCACCCCCCGACAA